GUUUUAUUGGAGUUGCUUUCUGGUCUACCCCCAUAUGAUGAGGACAGGGAUGGUUGUGACCUGAUAACUCAUCUCCAAGACUUAGAGGUGGAGGAAAUUUUAGACAAAGCUGUCAAGUGGGAGCCUGAACGAGCAUCAGCACUGUAUGAGCUGGCGCUUAGCUGUUUGGAGAACAAAAAAGCUGCUCGACCAAACAUGGCACAAGUCCUCGACCGCCUGAAAAAAAUAAGCUGACAGUAGGUAGAACUUACAAAUCUGUUUCAAACGAAAAUAACACUCUGUUGUAGAUAUGACAAAGUAUUGUCUUAUUUUUAAUUUUUGAAAGAUUUCUAAUCUCCUCUGCAACACACACACACACACCCUCCCACACACACACAAAAUAUAUAUAUAUAUAUAAAUAAAGAUGUAAAUACUAAAAAUAAAUCACUCUUGAAGGAUGAAAUUGACAAAUAAAUGAGUAGCAAUAGUGCUCAAAGCAGUGUACGCUUUAUCUUUCAACUUUUUGUAAAUGCAUGGAGGAAGAGAAACUGGAAAUUUUGGCCCAAGUUUGACCCUAAAAUCUCAAACACAAAUUGAAGGAGACAUCAGUCUUAAACUUCCAUAAUAAAAAUUCAAGUGUUUGCAAAAAUCAAGGAAAUUUUUCUUCCGAAAUGUAAUUUCACAGAUCCGGUCAUAUAUUAUGUAAUGAAACAUCAUCA